CAAUCGCGCGUCACGUGUCUCUCAGCUCUCAUCACAUUGUCCGUUAGCCGCCUGAAAAAUCAAUCUACUACUUUUCUUACAGCGAGACUUUCAUUGAUUUUUUUCAGACCGACGCUUAAGACUCGUUGGUCUCAAUUUAUGCUCUUCAAUACCCUAGAUUUUAGGUUUUGACUCAUUCGAUCCGAUCGCAUCGCUCGCUGAUCACUCUAAUUAUUUUUUUUCUUUUCCAGGUGAGUAUGUUCUUUAACUUUUGAUUUAUUGAUUCUAGUUAUCUAAGAGUAAGAUCAAGGUCAGAUGUGAAUUAGUUCGUCUUGCGUAAAUCUUGAUUCUUUUCAAAAAAUGUAUUGUUUUUGUGUUUUCUGUCUUUAAGAAAUGGUUAUUUGAUCAUAUCAUGUACUUCGUUUUAAGUAAUCAAAGCGAGCAUUUGUAUCUAGUUAACAUCGUUAUUAGCUUAAUAACUUCUUAACCACGGCUAAAAUCUACCUCUGUUAAUGCCUUUAUUCUUGUAAUCAUCCCUGUUUCUGGCCAAAGAAUUAACAAUCAAAUUACAGUGUAUAAAUCUCUGUAUUUUGACUAUUUAUUUUUCUCUAAUCAAUUAGUUUGGUUGCAACUUUGCUCUUGAAUUUCAGCAAGAUAUGAAUUCUGAUUCUAAUAAAUCAUCUUCAAAUGGAUUUGAGAAAUCUUUGACACCAGAGGAGUAUCUAAACAAGGUAUAUGAUGAUGAUGAUAAGGGGAACCAUUAGCAGCUCUGUGAUAUUUCAUGCGUGUAUCAAUUUUUUUUUUGUCUUCUUUUGAUAUAAAGAUUGUGUGUUUUGACAACAUAGAUAAAUGAAGUGAGGACAUUACUAGGGCCAUUGACUGAGAAGUCAUCUGAGUUUUGUUCAGAUGCCGCCAUUACUCGGUAUUUGGCUGCGCGUAACGGCCAUGUCAAGAAAGCAACUAAAAUGCUUAAAGAAACACUAAAAUGGAGGGCUCAAUACAAACCUGAGGAGAUUCGAUGGGAGGAGAUAGCACGAGAAGCUGAGACCGGAAAAAUAUACCGAGCUAAUUGUACCGAUAAGUAUGGAAGAACAGUUCUUGUUAUGAGACCAAGUUGCCAGAAUACAAAAUCAUAUAAAGGGCAGAUUAGAAUCUUGGUGUACUGUAUGGAAAAUGCAAUCUUGAACCUACCAGAUAACCAAGAGCAAAUGGUUUGGCUAAUCGAUUUUCACGGUUUCAACAUGUCUCAUAUCUCCUUGAAAGUGUCUCGAGAAACCGCUCAUGUGUUACAAGAACAUUACCCUGAACGCUUAGGCUUGGCCAUUGUAUACAACCCGCCUAAGAUUUUUGAGUCGUUUUAUAAGAUGGUGAAACCAUUUUUAGAGCCAAAGACCAGCAACAAGGUGAAAUUUGUCUACUCAGAUGAUAACCUCAGCAACAAGCUUCUGGAGGAUCUUUUCGAUAUGGAGCAACUCGAGGUUGCAUUUGGUGGAAAAAACAGCGAUGCGGGUUUCAAUUUUGAGAAAUAUGCUGAGAGAAUGAGAGAGGAUGAUUUGAAGUUCUAUGGAAACACCACAGUGUCAUCAACCUCAGCUCAUUUGACUAACUCAGAUUCUGAAGUUUCAGACUCUGAGAUGAAGUAUUUGGAGGACAAAGAAGAUGAGACUAUAGAGAAUGGAACUUUGCAAUCUCCUUUAGAUACAACAAAAACCUAAACAUGAAAUCCUAAAGUUGUAGAAGCUUCUGGAGCUAAUACUAUGCUGGAGCUAUAAUUUUUGUUGUUGUUGUUACACAAUUAAGACCAGUAAAAGUGCAGAUUCUUA